UCUUGACGCUGAUGCGGAAGGAGCUCGUAGCAUAUGACAUAUUUAAGAGCAGCAAUGCAGAUUUGUGUGACACCCACGUGGAUCGUUAACGCAAACACGACACAGUCUUCUCGCUUUAUCAUUGGUCCACAGGUGAUUAUCGGGAUUGGCUGUAAGUAGCUUUUGCAGUAAGGUAAACAUUAGGGAAACCUUCAACACUUCUGACUAGAGUCGAUGUAACCGGGCAGAUAUGAGCUAACCGGCUCGUUGAACAGUUUGACCUACGGGACUCUUAAUCUUGAGUUGUAUGUGAAAGUCUAGCAGACAUGGUGGAGGUGUUUUCCGGACGGACACUGCUGAAUAAAGACGGGGAUGUAGUCGACCCUGAAGAGGCACUGAGAAACAAAGUGGUGGGCAUAUACUUCUCUGCGGGAUGGUGUCCUCCGUGCCGGGACUUCACGCCAAUCUUGUGUGACUUCUACACGGAGCUGGUGGAGGAGAACGACCCCCCGGCUCAGUUUGAGAUAGUUUUUGUCUCCUCUGACAAGUCGACAGACGACAUGGUUGAAUAUUAUCAUGAUAUGCAUGGAGACUGGCUCGCGCUGCCCUGGACAGAUGAUUAUAAACAUGAACUGAAGCAGCGCUACAAAAUCACAGCGGUUCCCAAACUGGUGAUCGUGAAGGAAAAUGGAGAUGUGAUCACCGAUAAGGGCAGGAAACAGAUCCGAGACCGAGGUCUGGCCUGCUUCAGGUCUUGGUUGGAUGCUGCAGAGAUCUUUCAAAACUUCAAGGGUUAGAAGGAGCAUCAAGUAGAUAUCCCUACCCUAUAAGACACUUCUAUUGCUUCCUUUCCAGUCCGAAAGAUUAUAGAAUAAUUAAAUUAAAGAAAGAAGAAUUUAUAUGUCUUUUAAACUAAAUUAUAUUAGUUAAUUUAUCCUUUUAAAGCCUGGAUGUUUUCUUUCUGUGUACCUACUCAAACCCUUAGAAUGAGGCAUUGUUAGAAGAAAAGUCAAACCUUAUUUGACUGAGUACAUGACAUGGUUUUAUGAUAACAGAUAUUUAAAAUACUGCUUCAAUUGCAGACCUUUACCAAACUACCAAACAUACUAUGCAUUUAAAAUGAAUCUCAGGCAUAAUUAUUUGGGAAAGUGUGUGUUUAGUGUAAUUAACAGCCACUUUAGUUUUUCAGGUUUUUUUUUUUUUUUUAUAUAUAAACAUUAAUUUAUGUUCUAUUGAAGGUAGUGCACCAGAAAAACAGCUACACCUUCCCCAUAUUAAGUAGACUGCUUUUGUAUAACCCCCACCAAUAAAAAAAAAAAAGGCUUGUGGGUAUAUUUUGGAACUGCCUGUAUAUUUUUAUAUUUUGUUUUUU